GUGUUGGUGUCGUUCUUCCACUGGAUGAGGAGGAGAGCAAGUCUCAUUCCGGAACGACAUUUGUUGGCGUCGCUUAUCAGUUGACCAGUCUCGGCAAGUUGGACACGGUGGCUGAGACUGUGGAGCUCGGGUUCGAAGUGAGCAUGCUGUAUAAGGUGACAGAUGAGGAGGAUAUCGCUUCUUAUCGCGAGCACGUGGGCGAAGAGUGUUCCUUCAGUGAGAUGAAGUUGAAAAACCCAAUGCCCAAUUUUCGUAUCCUGUCUGCGGCCAAUGAGCCAGAAUGUAUUUCAGAGUCGAUCGUUGCCGUCCGCGAGUGCGUUGACCGCGAACUCGUGACGCGCUCAGGUGAAGUGAUUGGCCGAGAUUCCUCCUCAAAUCGGGCCCAGCAGCCUUGCGGGGAGCGAGAAGUGCUCAUUCCGGGCCUAAACUGCCCAGCCUCGCCCGCAGAAGAAAAACCACGGUUGAGAACUUCUUUUUUCGUGCAGACGUACGGAAAAUACCGUUGUUUGUGUAACCAGGUGAUGGAUCUGGAAUCAUUCCCCUUUUCCCGAAUGCUGUUGCGUCUGAUUUUCGUGAAC